AAGUCUCUCUAUAGCUAUCUCUCUCGUUUUCAAUUGAUAACAACUAAAUUCAUGUAUUUUCACAGUUUCUUCCAAAAUUGAAGAUUCUUGAUCUCCGUCACUCUCGUGAUCUCAUUAGAACCCCAGACUUCUCGGGUCUCCCAGCCCUUGAAAAGCUAAUACUUGAAGACUGCAUCCGUUUGGUUCAAAUUCACGAAUCUAUUGGUGAUUUACAAAGACUGUUGAUCUUAAAUCUAAGAAAUUGUACAAGUCUUAUGGAGCUUCCAGAAGAAAUGAGUAGAAUGAAUUCACUUCAAGAGCUGGUUUUAGAUAGUUGCUCAAAUCUUAACGGCCUGAAUAUGGAGUUAGAGCAUCAUCAGGGGCGCAAGUUGCUUCAAAGUGAUGGAAUUGUUGCAAGUACAUCAUUCAUUACAUCUCUUCCAUUGAAGCUAUUCUUUCCCUCUAGGUUUUCAACGAGGAAAAUGUUGAGAUUUACCUCGUUUUCACUGCCACGCUUCUUGGAGAGUCUAGAUUUAAGUGGAACUCCAAUUCGUUUUCUUCCAGAAAGCAUCAAGGAUCUUGUUCUACUCAGACACCUAAAUUUAAGAAAUUGCAAAAUGCUUGAGGCAGUCCCAGAGUUUCCAUCCCAUUUGGAUUCGUUAGAUGUGUCCCUUUGCUAUUCACUGCAAAAACUUGCAAAUCCAAACAGUUGGACGACUGAAGGUUGUGAUCACUUAGUCGAGCUCCAAGAUCGGAUAAAGCAAGAAUUAAUCCAAAAGUUUAACUCUCACAUGUUCAGAAUAAUGGAAACGGUUUGUGCUCAAAUACAACAGACAUUGAGAUUUCAGAUAGCAUUUAUGGAUGGCAUAUUCAACGUUGUCGUAUCUGUAUUUGAUAAAGAUGAGAUGUUAAGGAGGUUUUAUGAGGAAGAAGAAGAGGAUAAAUGGCUAAUUCAGAAUGAGUUUGUAGGUAACUUUUCACUCAAAAUAUCCUCAUCACCUCCUGCGCACCGGAUAUGGGGCUUUAAUCUGUUCAUAAGUUGUGUGACGUCAGCAUACCGUGGCUUUAGUAAUGUUUAUAUUGAAAUCAGAAACAAUACCAGUGGUCGAUCCUUGCUUUGUCAAGCCUUUGUCUUCCCUAUGAGAUACAAGCGUGAUGUUCGUGAAAUCCAAUCGCUAUUGCACACGAAAUUAGGGGGCAAUGAUCCUACAUUUGAUAAUGGUGAUGACGUGAGUAUUUCAGUGCGUUCACAUGAUCCAGCUAUCCAAAUAAGGACCGUUGGUGUACAAUGGUUGCAUGAAGAGGAAGGAAAGGAUGAAGUUAUCAAUGCCCACAACAGUAGCGAUGAUGAUGAUGAUGCAGCACACGUAGCCAAAGUAGAAAUAGCUUCUCAUAUAGUUAGAAAUUAUAAUUGUUCUUUCCAUUGUAAACACAGGGCUCGCAGUAGCACUGUUUGGAAUUUUGCAAAGAAGGGUCUAGAACUUGUAUUCUCUUAGGCUUCAUUAA